AGGUGUUUUGGAUUUGUAUUCACAAUUGUAUAAUUAAGAGAUCUAACAUAUUAAAGUUACGAGUUUUAUAAUUUUAAACGAUACUACCCUGUCUGCACCAUAAGUCUGUGGGAGGUAGACUGAAAACACUCUACUAGUAUGUCUAGGCCCGUGCUCAUUCUCGCUGACACAGAUAAGAUUGAGAAAUUAGACACAAUAGUUAUUGGAUGCCUACUCCAUUAGAAACAGAAGGAGAAAAUCUAUUACUUGCCAGAUUAGAAAAAUGUCAUAUAAAAAAGAAACUCUGGCUCUAGUAUCCUCUUGUGUCCCCAUAUGUGUGUAUCUAAUCUCAGCUGGUCCACCUGAGAAUACCCCCUGCACCCUGAGUGCAAACAUCCCCUGCACGCGGUCCCAUUUCUGUUCCAACAGGAUGAAACAAGCUGAAGUAGAAGAAACUCACUGAACUGCAAGCACAAGUGCGCAUUGGUGGGAAGGGAACUGCUCACGCAAAGAAGAAGGUGGCUCCUAGAACAGCUAUAGCUGGUGAUAAAAAAAAAAAAAAAAAUUCAGUUCUCCUUAAAGAAGUUGGGGGUAAACGAUAUAUCUGGUAUUGAAGAAGUGAAUAUGUUCACAAACCAAGGAACAGGGGUCCACUUUAAGAACCCUAAAGUUCAGGCAUCCCUGGCAGCGAAAACUUUCACCAUUACAGGUCACGCUGAGACAAAGCAGCUGACAGAAAUGCUACCCAGUUUCUUGAACCAACUUGGUGCAGACGGUCUGACUAGUUUAAGACUGGCUGAAGCUCUGCCCACACAGUGUGUGGAUGGAAAGGUACCGCUUGCUACCGGAGAGGAGGGCGAUGAUGACGUUCCAGAUCUUGUGGAAAACUUGGAUGAAGCUUCAAAGAAGGAAGCAAAUGAACAGAGGCACCUUCUGAAGAAGAUAAAACUUGAAGGAGUUACUGGGAGCUAUUUUAUAUUAUGACUGCUUUUUAAAACUAUUGUUCAUGGAUCUGAUAAAAUCUAGAUCUCUAAUAUUUUUAAGCCCAAGUCUCUUGGACACUGCAGCUCUUUUCGAUUUUGGUUAUACACAAUUCAUUCUUUGCAGCUAAUUAAGCUGAAGAAGCCUGAGAAUAAAGUUUGAAACAAGGUUAGUAAAGUUCUCUGCCUAGCAAAAAAAAAAAAGAAAAAAAAAAGAAAGAAAAGAAAAGAAAAGAAAAGAAAAGAAAAGAAAGAAACUUUGUUUCCAAGAUUCCAAACAGGUAAAUCAAAUGUUAUUAACAGUACUCUGGUAGACAUUGUUAGAUUGUGGUCUUUUAGAGACUUAAAUGGAUUUUCCAGAAUAUAAACACACUGCCCACACUUGGCCUAUCUAUACAUAUUUUCAAGGCAUAGUUUUGAUUAUUUAUAUCUGUGUCUGUAUCUGUACCUAUUCAUUUUAGUUAUAGUGAAUAAUUUUAGAAAGCAUUUUGCUUCAACCUAGCGUUCAUAUGGUUCAAGGCAUAGAAGGACAGGGUUGCGGGGAGCUCUUAGGGAGACGGUCCUCCACAGUGCCUAACUGAUGCCCUUUCAUGAUAUGUGUUAGAUGGUGUACAGCUCAGCUCUGCUUCAGGAAAGCAACUAUUGGAUCCCAGCUGUUUGGUCCUCCUGUUUCUUGGCUUCUAGGCCUUAUCUCACGCUCAAUUUGAAAACUUUUCAUUUGAGGGAUCCUAAUUUGAUCCUCAGAUGAAAUCCUUAACUCAUAUGAUAGGCACUGUGUUGAACUGACUUGCGUCAUGCUUUCUAAAGAUCAUGACUUGUUUUGCAGGGAGAAAGAUUAAAUUAAAAUGGAGGGGUUGAUUACUUUUGCCACUUUCCUUGUUUCUUCCCAACUUCUCCCAAAGAAAAAAGGACGGAGCUUUUCCACCACUUGUUUUUUCUAAAAGCUUGCACAAAUAACUAGCUCAUCAGGCCUCAAGUUCUUUAUCUGCAGACAAGGGUAAUAAUAUCUGUUAUGUAAGGAUUAUGGCAAUUAAAUUUAGUAAACAUCUUCUGAGCUCUUUCUGUAUCCUUGGUCUAGUAAAUGGUAACAUAAUUUCUUUGUAAACCUUUUAGCACAGUAUCUGAUACAUGGAGAUCAACAAGUAUGAUUCCUUUUGCAUUCUAAAAUGAGGUCCUAAUAUAAUAGGGACCCCAUUGAGUCCAUAGUCCCAGCCCUUAUCCCAUGAACCUCUCAGUUUAUCUGUUGCAUGCUGUGUUUAGGGGAUUGGGAUUGAGUCUUACAUAAAUGUGCCUGCCCCUUUCUUUUUCUUUUUCUACCACAUAUCUGUGGCUUGUUAAUAGGUCCAUUCCUCAGCUUGUCUCUCUUGUCCUACUUCCCUCCUAAAAGAUUCAUCUUUCUUUUAGAAAUCCAUACUAAAUUACAGUGCAUGUAUGUAUGCCUGGGGUGGGCUUCAAUGACUCCCCAAUUGCUUCUGCCUACAGGUUUUGGUUUGUUUUGUUUAAAGCUCAAUGAGUGUUGAUCACAAAAUGAUCAUACCUAUGUAUCCGAUACCCAGAUAAAGAAACAGAACGCAGGACCCCCCUCUUGACACUUUCAGUCACUACUUGCUGUCUAAUCGUUCGUUACACUAAUCUGACUUCUACACUAGACUCAUUUUGCCUCUUUGUUUGUUUGUUUGUUUGUUUGUUUGUUCUUCUAAGGAUUUUAUUUUUACAUAGUCUCUACA